AUGCUGCAGUUUAAGGGUCAAGCCCCUGCCAGCCUGGAGCUGGUUAUCACAGGCAACCUCACGUUACGGUACUCUUCUGCCCGCAAGCUAAACCUGUCUCCUGCUGAGAGCAGCGAGGGUCUCCGUGCCUUGGCUGGAGGCCAGGGACAGUCCACUCACGCAGCUGCCUCAAAAUGGGCGAAACGGGCACGGGGAGGGCAGGAGGCAGCUGCAGCCGCCUCCACGGCCAGGCCGGGCAGCCCCACGGCAACCUCCCCCUCGCCACCACCUCCCGGCGCCCUCCCGGGGCCUCUCUCCCUCCUCCACCACCACACCGCCACGCCACACCGCCACCACCGGGCAGCCCCGGGGCACGGCCCCGAGCCGCUGCCGCGGCGGGGCAGCGGGGGCUGGCGGGCGGGGCGGGGCCGGGCCGCGGCUCAUAACGGCGGCGGGGCGGGCGGCGGGCAGAGCGGCGGCGGCAUGCCGGGCGGCGGGGGGACGGCGGCCGUGGCGGCGGGGGGCUCCGGGCAGGGCAACGGGGAGACGGUGGCCAUGGUGGCGGCGGCGGCGGGCAACGGGCGGAGGGAGGGCCCCGCAGGGACGGGGGCGGCCGACGGCGAGCUGCGGGCCGCGGCAGUGCCCAUGCUGCCCGCUAUGGAGGUGGCCGAGGAGCCGGAGAAGGCAGCGGGAGGCAGGAGCAAGGACCCCAACACCUACAAAGUGCUGUCCCUGCUGAAAGGAGGAAUGGAGCACAUUAAAGGUUCUGAAAACAUGGAAGGCUUGCGGAGUUCUCGCUGUGGAGCCAUUAUUAUAGAAAUUAAUAUACCGCCUAAAGUUGAUGCCAUGGCAGUAGCUCCAACGUCUGCAGCAGAAAAAAUGGAGGUGACUGUGGGCUUACUUGUGAAAACCUGCAAAGGCCGUUGCUUUGAAAGGUCUUUUGGAAGCUGCCGUUGUGACAGAGAUUGCGUCAAGCAUGGAAACUGCUGCUUAGAUUACCAGGAAGCGUGCAUAGAACCAGCUCAUAUAUGGACCUGUAAUAAAUUCAGGUGUGGAGAGAAGAGGCAACCAGAAUAUCAUUGUUCCUGUGCAGAUGAUUGUGUGGAAAAAAACGAUUGCUGUGUCAAUUAUAAUGCUGUUUGUAAAGGAGAGGCAAGCUGGGUUGAAGAAGAGUGUGAGGACAUUACUGAACCUCAGUGUCCAAAAGGAUUUACCAAAUCUCCGGUGUUACUGUUUUCAUUGGAUGGCUUCAGAGCAGAAUAUUUGCAGACGUGGGGUAGACUCCUACCUGUUAUUAGCAAAUUACAGAAAUGUGGAACAUACACUUCCAGUAUGAGACCAGUGUAUCCUUCAAAAACCUUUCCCAAUCAUUACUCCGUUGUCACAGGACUGUAUCCUGAAUCUCAUGGUAUAAUUGAUAACAAGAUGUAUGACCUCAAAAGAAAUGCAUCCUUCACCCUUAGAAGUGAAGAGAAGUUUAAUCCACAGUGGUACCAAGGACAGCCUAUCUGGCUAACAGCUAUGUACCAAGGUCUGAAAGCUGCUACGUUCUUCUGGCCUGGAUCAGAUGUAGCAAUUGAUGGGACCUUUCCAAAUCUGUAUGAAAAAUACAAUAGCUCAGUCCCUUUUGAAGAAAGGGUGGUAACUAUUCUUCGCUGGCUGCAGUUACCUGAAGAUGAAAGACCACACUUUUACACUCUGUAUUUAGAAGAACCAGAUUCCUCAGGCCAUAAGUUUGGACCAGUAAGCAGUGGAGUCAUUUUGGCACUACAGAGAGUGGACAACAUAGUUGGGAUGCUGAUGGAUGGUCUCAAACAGAUGAACUUGCAUAAGUGCCUGAACAUUAUUUUUAUAUCAGAUCAUGGAAUGGAAGCAGGGAGCUGCAGGAAAACAGCAUAUCUGAGCACCUACCUGGAUAAUGUUCAAGAUUUCAUAUUAGUACCUGGUCCUGCAGCUCGCCUUCGACCUAAUAAUGUUCCAGAUGAGUAUUUCUCUUUUAACUAUGAAGGCAUUGUCAGAAACCUCACAUGCAGAGAACCAAAUCAACCUUUCAAAGCUUAUAUGAAACACCUUCUACCCAAGCGUUUCCAUUAUGCCAACAAUGACCGGAUUGAACCAUUGCACUUUUAUUUAAACUCCCAGUGGCAACUUGCUAGGAAACCAUUUGAGAUUAAAAGUUGCACAGGUGGAUUCCAUGGCUCUGAUAAUCGCUUCCCCAGUAUGCAGGCUAUCUUCAUUGGUUUUGGACCAGGAUUCAAGUUUCAAACUCAGGUUGAUCCAUUUGAAAACAUUGAAGUAUAUAAUUUAAUGUGUGACUUGCUUGAUUUGAAACCAGCCCCAAACAACGGAACCCAUGGACAGCUAAAUCAUCUUUUAAGGAAUCCCGUUUACAUCCCUCAGCAUCCCAAAGAAACAAUCCAUCCUUCUGAAUGCUCUGUUGUGGGACAAAGAACCUUUCCAGUGAGCCUUGGCUGUUCCUGCAGGACAGUGGGUUUGCCAGUAAGGGAUUUUCAACAGCGUUUAAAUCUCACUGAAACAGAAGUUAAGAAGACAGAGAAACUUACUUUGCCCUAUGGACGGCCCAGAGUUCUGCAGAAGAGACAUAAUUACUGCCUACUUUACCAUUACCGCUAUGUAAAUGCAUACAGCAAGGACUACAGGAUGUCUUUGUGGAAUGCGUAUACCAUUAACAAAGAUGACAAAUGGCUUUCUGCUACAGAAGAUAUCUCCAGCUGUUUGCACAAGGAUGUUCGUAUUCCUUUUAAUCAUAACCAGACAUGUUCGUUUCACAACAAUCAUCCUCGGCUAUCUUAUGGAUUCCUUUCUCCUCCAAAUUUGAUGACAGAUGCAGGGAGGCCUCACUAUGAUGCCUUGCUUACCAGCAACAUUGUGCCAAUGUAUCCUGCAUUUAAAGUGUUAUGGAACUACUUCCAUCAAUAUCUGCUGCCUGAAUAUGCUGCAGCCAGAAAUGGUGUCAAUGUAGUCAGUGGUCCUGUGUUUGAUUAUGACUUUGAUGGACUGUAUGAUACCCCAGAAAAGGUGAAAAGACACCGUGGUAACUCAGAAGUUCCUGUUCCAAGUCAUUUCUUCAUUAUGCUGACUAGUUGUAAAAAUACUUCUGAAACUCCUCUGGAAUGUGAAGGGUCUCUAGAUGCCUUGUCUUUCAUUGUGCCUCACAGAGAAGACAACAGUGAAAGCUGCGCAGAUGGCAAGUCUGAGUCUUUGUGGGUUGAAGAGAGAAUGAAGUUUCACACAGCUCGGGUCAGAGAUAUAGAAUUACUUACAGGACUCAGCUUCUAUCAAGACAGAAAACAGCCAGUAUCUGAGAUUUUACAGUUAAAAACAUAUUUACCAACUUUUGAAACAGUCUGAUUUUUCCUAUGGAAUGUUAUUGUCCAUUUCACAACUGAUUUGUAAAUAGACUGUUUUUAAUUAAUGAAAAGUUUUUUUUUAAAUAAGCUGGAACAUUUAUUGAGAUCUCUUGACCAAAAUGCCAGUAGGGAGGAGAGUGUGUGCCAUAUUUGUAUCUCAGGGACUCCUGAUGGACUAUGUAUAUAACACAGGAUGGCAGCUCCUGUCAUUCCCACUUGAAUGUGGUAAACCAUGUCCAUUAUUAAAUGUUAUUGGCAUUUGAUCAUCAUAGUCUGAGAAACAAACAAAAAAAAAUCUUCUACAUGCACUGGAGAAGGAGAAAUUUAUGAGGUAUGGGUUAUGAUCAAUAUUCUACUUUAAAAAUAGAGAUAAUUAGCAAAUAUCUUACAGUUUGAGGGAAAUAACUAUGUUCUUGACCAUUGAAAUACAAACAGCAGCACCUUUCUACUCCAGUUUUCCUUGAAGCAUGAAUUGCAUUCCGAGCGUUGGGUCUCAUAAAAUAAUGCAGCAUUAUGGUGGAAGAACCUAUAUUGAGGUUAGCAGUAAGACUGAUACAUUAAACUUCAUCAGCAAGGAAUAGGCUCCUAGGUAAAGUUUUGAUAGCAGUGAAGUGUUGGUAUGUUGCUGCCCUCUAGUGUCUCCAACACUGAGGGAGAGUUUGAUGCAUAUUUUGCAUGUUGUAUAUGCGUCCUCAGAAUUAUUUUGAAUAUGAUGCAUCAAGUCACCUACAAAUU